AUGACCAGGGGGCUGCUCAAGCUCCUGUCCAACAUCCUGCAGUAUGAACAGUGGGCCUGGGAGAGCCGGACUUGGCUGCCGCCCGGCUCCUCACCCCCCGAGGGCCUCCACGUCCCGCCUGUGCCCCUCGAGACGCCCGAGCGCCCGCCCAAGCAGAAGACCACCAUGCCCAAGCUCCCGGAGCCCCCCGCCGACGGCUGGAGGUCCAAGAUGCCCAGCGCGGAGAGGAAAGCCGCCACUGCGGGCCCAGCCCAGAGCCAGGGGCUGCAGCCGCCCAGGAAGGCCUGGCUCGGCCGGGAGUCGGACGCCGGCCCCAGGGAGCUGCCCCGGCUCCCCAGGAGGGGACCCGCCGUGGAGGAGGAGGGACAGGAGGCAGAGGCCCGGGAAGAGGCUGAGAGUGAGGGGGAGAGGCCCCCCAGCGCCGGCCGCCUCCACGGCCCGCAGCAGAGGAAGGCCAAGGCCAGGGAGGUGGACAGACUCUGGCACCUGGAGAAGCCGCACAGGCAGCGACAGCGAGACUCGACCCGCGGCGCCGAGAAGCAAUCCCGGAAGGCCCUGCAGGCGCUCCUCAACGCCUCCAAGAGGACGGGCAAGGGCCAGACGUGGGGAGACAGAGAGACCUCCCUGUACCUCAGCGUCCCCAACCGAACCUUCCACAAACGGCAGGAGGCCACCAGAAACCUCCUGCGGACGCGGGAACAGCAGCAGCAGCAGGAGCGGCAGGAGGAGGAGCAGCGGCGGGCCCGGGAGCUGCGGGUGCAGCAGCAGGUGGCCCGGUGCCUGGCGGCCUACACCCCCAGGGCCAGCCGCGGCUGCGUGCCCGCUGUGCAGAAGCUGGAGGAACUGAGGAGCCAGGAGCGACAGCGCCUCACAGAGUACCAGGCGGAGCUGUAUGACAUUCGCCAAAGGGUGCAGGCCCGGCCCUACCUGUUCCAGCAGGCCAUGCAGGCCAACGCCCGCCUCAGCGUCAACCGGCGCUUCUCCCGGGUGCUGUCGGCUCUGGGGCUGGAUGAGAAGCUGCUGCUGGCAGAUGCGGACAAGAGGGACGUGGAGGACACAGCCAGGAACCCCAGGCGCCGCAGGUCAGAAAAGGUGAAAUCGGAACGUUCUUCUCGGACAGCCAAAAAGACAGAAGCCACCAGCAGACACUCGGCCCUAAGUCCAGAGUCCAGCCCUUGA